CUCCUGCUUCUCCUCCCCCUGCUCCUCCUGCCUCCACAGAGUCGAGCAAAAGGCUGGGGAGGAGCGACAUACUGCUUCAGUCAUCAGCGGGUAGAGAAGCGGAGGUCUGCGCAGACUGUACCGGCAGAACCCGUCGGUGGAGCGUUAUCUCACGGCUGUUUUCCAUCGACCACUGAAGGAGCCUACAGAGAGGAGGACGUGAUAAUUGCAUUUUUCUCUGCGCCGCAGGAACAUGGGAUAUAUGACCCAAUCAUUCACUCGUAAGGCUCUCCAGUAAACAGUUCCACACAGAAGGAUGACUGAGGCAGUUAUAAAGAGUGCAGAUGUCCUUGUAAAACCCUGUGACACAAAAAGCUGCCCCUCCCCAUCGCCAUGCCUGCCCCCCUGCAGUCAGAAGGGGGGUGAGGAGUGUCACACUGACAUUAAGAUGCUUCAGCAGCAGGAACACUGUAACCAGGUGAUACCAAAGAAAAAAUUCAAGCCUAAAGGAAAGUUAGUACGCAGCAUGGCGAUCAGCGAGGAGUCCUCUGAGUUUGAAGAAACUAAGGAGUCCCUAAAAGCAGACAUCCCAUCUAGCUGCCAUGAAAACAAGAAAACUCCCAGUAAAGAUGAAGAAAGGGAGAAGAGCCCCGAUCCAAAGAAACCAUCACUGUCCAAAGAGUCCAGCGUGGAGUACACAGAUUCAACCGGCAUAGAUCUGGACCAGUUUAUCAAGGACACCCUUAACAGCAACCCCAGAGACCGCCUGACGCUGCUCAAACUGGAGCAGGACAUGACUGAUUUCAUCUACAGCCAUAGUCCUUUUAAAAAGUUCCCUCAGAUGUCGUCCUACCACCGCAUGCUGGUGCAUCGGGUGGCCGCCUACUUUGGGAUGGAGCACAACGUGGACCAGACAGGCAAGUCUGUCAUCGUCAACAGGACCAGCAACACGCGCAUACCAGAUAAGCGCUUUGCAGACAUGGUUCACAAGGACAAGGCCGAAGAGACCCUGCCGUUAAAGAUACUAUUAAAGAGGGACAUCUCAGACGAUCAGGGCCGCCACCACCCUUUACUUGAGAGGCAAAGUAAGUCAAUGGAGGAGAGAGAAGAGGAGUACCAACGGGCACGAGAACGAAUCUUCAACGAAGAGCCACUCUGCACUCAGGAGAGCGUCCAUGCAGAAAGCAGGGACGUGGAGGAGUACAAUCCAUAUGUCGAGACCCAGAGGAAAAGACAGCUCUUCAGGAAAAGCCGUGCAAACUCCAGCUCCAGCUGGACAGGCAGCAGCAAGCAGAGCAGCACUGAGACCGACUAUUGCUAUGGCAACGAGCCCCCACCCUGGAGCAGCACCGAGUCUGAUUCCUCCUUUCAGUGGACGAGUCCAGCUGUGAAACCCCACCAACCUUCCGGCCAGUGCUGGGAUACGCAAAGUUCAGGCUCCAUCUCACUGUACAGACUGCCGUCCUCUUGUCCACACGCUUCCCCUCCUCCUCCCAUCAUCGAGGAGCCCGCUAACAACUACGUCCCAGAGAAAGGGAUCCCACCAGGGAGCAUAUUAGUAAACCCUCUUACUGGGCAGCCUUACCUGAACCCUGAUGGGACCCCUGCUGUGUACAACCCUCCAGACAGUCAGCAGCCAAUCAGGAGCCAGACUCUGCCACCGCAGCAGCAGCAGGUGGUUCAGUACCCGUCUGUCUCUUACACCGCACCCCAGAUGUUGGCCGUCACUCCCACACAGCCAUACCCAGCAGUUGAAGAUCUCUCCACACAGUUUACUCAUGUGACGGUGAGCUGCCCAUCAGCAGGAGACGCUGCACCCAUCUACCCUCCCAGUCAGGGUUACAUCUAUGCAGCUCCUGUCCCUCUGAACCAGCCCAACUACUGCCAACCCACACCUCAGGUGCCUGUGUAUGUUUGCGGCCCGUACCCUACCUCAGCCCAGGCUGGAUUCAGGCCAGUUUCACCCUCCCAACAUGUCCGCAGCUCAGCAGCAGCACAACCAGCAGCAGGUUACCCCUCUGCUGUGAGGGUGCCGCAGUCUUCCCAACCCAUGCUGGGGACUUACACACCAGUUGCCUCCCACCAGUGUAGCAUAGUUCAGGGAGGUGUUUCAGUGCCCUUUCCCCAGAGUAAAGUAGGGAGUGGGGGUGUCGGCGAUGCGGGGUAUUGCUGCGUGGUUCCCCCACCUCCUCAACACAGUAGCUGCACAAACCUCAGACCGACAACCUGGAACGGCCAGUAUUAAUGGAAUGACGAUACCUUGGUUUCUGUUUCAAUUCACUUGCUUUCACAUGUUUUUUUUACGUAAACAUGUUUUGCACCCUGUCACCUUUACCCCCCCUCCCCCCUUUCCUCCUGUCAGUGUGGGUAUGCUUUUCUCACACUCACGAUAUAGUAUCACUCAUAGACAUAUGUUCCACUUACCAAAGCUUAGUAGAAUAUCUAAGAGCUGCUGUACUGAAUGCAUAAUUUAUAUACACAAAUGGAGUUUUAUAUUGGUAUGAAAUUAUAUAUAUAUAAAUAUAUAUUGUGUUUUAAGGAAAUGCACUGUGUGAAAAGAAUAAAGUGCCAUGGUUUGACUGAUGAA